AUGAAGGAAACAAAAGCAGUAGUCAUCGACAUUGGCACAGGUUACUUCAAGUGUGGCUUUGCAGGGGACCCAUGGCCUUCCUACGUAUCUACAGCUGGUAAGCCCCUACGGGAGACUGGGAGCAAGCAAAAAGAAACCUUUGUUGGAAGAGAGCUUCAGAAUAGCAGUGUACCCUUAACACUCAUCAAUCCAGUAAGACAUGGCAUAGUGGUGUACUGGAACUGUGUCCAAGAUACUUUGGAGUAUACUUUCCAAAUGGAGGUGAAGAUUCAGCCAAAGAACCACACUGUUCUGGUAUCAGUGCCUCCCUUGUGUACCAUCACUGACAAGGAGAAAUAUGCUGAGAAGAUGUUUGAAGCAUUUCACAUGCCUGCCAUCCACAUUGCUUACCAGUCCAAUUUAUCCAUGUACUUGUAUGGAAAAACCUCAGCUCUCAUUGUGGAAAGUGGCCAUGGCACUUCACAUGUGGUUCCCAUCUAUGAAAGUUAUGUUACACGUAGCAUCACUGGGAGAGUAGAUUAUGCUGGCUUGGACAUCACAUGUUAGCUCAUGAAGUUACUAAAUGAGUCUGGAAACGUGUUCACAGAACACCAGCUAAACGUCAUACAAUAUCUCAAAGAGAAGUGUUGUUACACUUCUCUGGACCUUGCACAGGACUUGAGUUUGCCUAUUCAGAAGCAACAAAUGGAUUACAAACUGCCAGAUGGACACCUCCUCACUGUAGGCAAGGAGAGAUUCCUUUGUGCUGAAGCGCUCUUCAAACCAGCCUUACGUGGCUCACAGCAGCGAGGGCUUUCGCAGCUGACACUCACCUGUCUCAAGAAGUGUGAUGCUGAUGUCCAGAAAAAAAUGGUGGAGAAUAUCUUGCUGUGUCAGGGCAGCACUAUGAUGGCCAACCACUUCCAGAUGGAACUGGCCAGGAUGUUCCCCAAUGACAAACUCAUCACAGUCGCAUCCCCUCAUAGAAAGUUUUCUGUCUGGAUUGGUGGGUCUAUUCUGGCCUCACUCCCCUCUUUCCAGGACCUCUGGGUUUGCAGGAGUGAAUAUAAAGAACGUGGUCCUUCCUGCAUUUUUAAGAAGUGCUUCUGA